CCUGGUGUAGACGCCAAAGUCUUGUCACGAGUGGGCGGGGCAGGGUGAUGUAUGAUCUGAAAGGCCGGGCGUGACUGACGACUGUCAGUGUGUGUGUGCCUGUGAGGCUGUGUCUGUGUGACAGUAUCAUUGUGUGCGAUUCUGAGUGUCACUUGGUGCAGCUGUCAGCUAAUGUGACUGCGUGUGUCAGUGUGCAUGGAGCUGGGGCUGCAUGUGGCUGUGCAAGUGUGGGAUUAUGUGUGUAUCUGUCAAUGCACAUUUUUAGUGGGACUGGGUUGUGUGUUUGUGUGAGAGGGACUGUGACCACAUUAGGGAAUGUGUUUUGGGAAGGUCUCUGUGGGGUUUGAGACCAUGUCUGCCAGCAUGAGAGUGGGUGGCUGGCUCUGUGUGUGCCAAUGUGUGACUUCAGCAGUAGCAGAGGAAAAGUGAGGUUUGUGACUAUGUGUGUGUGCUGGGUCCUAACUUAAACCGUGUGGGAGUACAGCUGUAUUCAUGUAUUGGGGGACCUACUUCAAGAGCCCAUUGGACUGACCUUUCUCUUAAGUGUCCAGCAUGGACAGACACACCCACAAAACACGUGGCUUCCCCUCCUUCUUCCUCUGCUCAAGAAUCCCCAGCAUCAGGUCUACUGCUCCUUACUUUCUGUUUCCCUGCCUGACUCAGUUUCCCUUACAUGCCGUUUUCUCUCCCUGUUGCUGUCUUACUAGAGAUAUCUCUGCGUGUUUCUUCAUAGCUUUGUUCCCCUGGUCUCUAUGUGGGUGCAUUUCCAGUUUUGCUUCUCCUGCGUCUUUGUCUCUCCCUGUGCGCCUAUGCCUGCCUUCCCUGCUGAUCUUGAUCUCUUUGGCUAGUUGGGGGCCUGUAACAGUGAUGAGAUGCAGGUCUGCCACUGCUAAGAGCUCCCUGAGAGAGGGGGCUUAGACCAUGAUGAGGAGUUGCUUUUAGGCGGUGCUGUGAGCCCUGGUAGGGGCUGUGUGUGUGUGUGUGACUGCGUGAGUUUAUGAAUAUGUGUAAGUGUAUCUGAGUCUGAGGCUGUGUGGCUGUGCCCGUGUGACUGUGAGUGACCACAUGUGAGAGUGUGUGAGUCUGAGGGUAACUGUGGGUCUUGUGUAUCUGGCACCAAGGGACCAAAGGCAUUUCCUGGUGCUGGGGCCCAAAGAGUGGAGGGGGAGGUGAGAAAUGGCUGGAACUUCCAGGGGAGGGGGAACUGGACUCUUUGGCCUCUCCUUAUAUCCCCCAACUUGGGGCCUCCUUUCCCCUGGAAGCACAGCCAGCUGUGCCCUAAGGAAACAUUUGGUGAGGAGUGAAAAGAGGAGGAGUUUGUAUCUGAUUUUUCAUUUGAUUGUGUCCACGUGUGUUCAAAGGCAUGCCCUUUUGUUAACUGUGCGUCGUGAGUCCAUGUGUGAAUGUGACCAUGUCUGGCUGUGUGAAAACACAGGGCAUCUCUCACUGACAGGGACAUAAGUGUUAGCCACCCUCCUUUCCCUCUUGCUGGCCUUGGCUGUGUCUGUGGCUUCCUUUCCAGACUUGGGGGAGGCCUCUUCCCUUCACAGGGCCUUGGGUGGGAGGGAAGGAGGGAGGAGGCAGAAGCGGGGAGGGGGCCUGGCUAGGGGCGGCGGAGCUCCAGGGCUUAGAGGGGGCGGGGCAGGGAAGGGGAAGGAGGGGAUGGCUUUGGGGUCCCAGAACUGAGUGGAGUAGGAGACGGGGGCUGUAGCUGGUGAGAGGAAGUCCUGGAGGCCAUGGACACUCUGCCGCUGGGAUCACCGAGGUAGGGUGGGGCUAAGCAGGGUAAGUGUGGCUGGGUGGCCAGGGGUGAGCCAACUGGACACACUCAGACAGACACACAGACACAUGGAGGCCCUGCUCUGCUCUACUCCUACUCCUGAAGGGUCCGUGCUCUUCCUCUUCUGGUCUUGUACCCAGAACCCUUUCCCCGCCUGCCCCUUCCUUCUCCAUCCACUUCACCACUGCCUUCCUCCUUCUGCUCCCCCUCAUCCAGAAUCUCUCUCUCCUAGCAUCCCCCACCUGCAAUAUAGACACACUGUUAGCUUUUUGAGUUUCCACCGACCCCAAUCCAGUCUUUCCAACACUUCCCGCACUGCCCCAUCACCUCCUAGUCCUGAUCUCUGAGUAUCUCUUGGUGCUGUGGCCCCCAUGCCUGUUCCUGCAGGCUCCCAGUUCCUCUUAGCUUCCCAUCCCCUUCCCUUCCCUCCUCUCCCCGCCACCCUGUCUCCAUCUCCAUCUGCUGGCUCCUCACCCACCCCCAGCCUCUGGCAGCAGCCAGGGCAUCUGGAUCUGCUUAACUACACAGCCCCAGCCUGCACCCUAGCCCCAUCCAGCUUCACAGACUGGAGACCAACGAAGUGUCAGAGCCAGGCCCAGCUGAGUGGCUCAAGUAGCCAGAGCAAGGAGCCAGGUUCAGGCGAGAAGCCUGGCAGCCAGAGCAGGGAUGAGCAGCGGCUGCUCAGGGCUGAGCAGGGUCCUGGUGGCCGUGGCUACAGCCCUGGUGUCUGCCUCCUCCUCCUGCCCCCAGGCCUGGGGCCCCUCAGGGGUCCAGUAUGGGCAGCCCGGCAGGUCCGUGAAGCUGUGUUGUCCUGGAGUGACUGCCGGGGACCCAGUGUCCUGGUUUCGGGACGGGGAGCCAAGGCUGCUCCAGGGACCUGACUCUGGGCUAGGGCAUGAACUGGUCCUGACCCAGGCAGACAGCACUGAUGAGGGCACCUACAUCUGCCAGACGCUGGAUGGUGCACUUGGGGGCACAGUGACCCUGCAGCUGGGCUACCCUCCAGCCCGCCCUGUUGUCUCCUGCCAAGCAGCUGACUAUGAGAACUUCUCUUGCACUUGGAGUCCCAGUCAGAUCAGCGGUUUACCCACCCGCUACCUCACCUCCUACAGGAAGAAGACAGUUCUAGGAGCUGAUAGCCAGAGGAGGAGUCCAUCCACAGGGCCCUGGCCAUGCCCACAGGAUCCCCUAGGUGCUGCCCGCUGUGUUGUCCACGGGGCUGAGUUCUGGAGCCAGUACCGGAUUAAUGUGACUGAGGUGAACCCACUGGGCGCCAGCACACGCCUGCUGGAUGUGAGCUUGCAGAGCAUCUUGCGCCCUGACCCACCCCAGGGCCUGCGGGUAGAGUCGGUACCAGGUUUCCCCCGACGCCUGCGAGCCAGCUGGACAUACCCUGCCUCCUGGCCGCGCCAGCCCCACUUCCUGCUCAAGUUCCGUUUGCAGUACCGUCCGGCACAGCAUCCAGCCUGGUCCACGGUGAGGCCUGGAGUGGAGCCAGCUGGACUGGAGGAGGUGAUCACAGAUGCUGUAGCUGGGCUACCCCAUGCCGUACGAGUCAGUGCCCGGGACUUUCUGGAUGCUGGCACCUGGAGCACCUGGAGCCCGGAGGCCUGGGGAACUCCGAGCACUGGGACCGUACCAAAGGAGGUACCAGCUUGGGGCCAGCUACACAUGCAGCCAGAGGUGGAGCCUCAGGUGGACAGCCCUGCUCCUCCAAGGCCCUCCCUCCAACCACACCCUCGGCUACUUGAUCACAGGGACUCUCUGGAGCAGGUAGCUGUACUGGCGUCUUUGGGAAUCCUUUCUUUCCUGGGACUGAUGGCUGGAGCCCUGGCACUGGGGCUCUGGCUGAGGAUGAGACGGGGCGGGAAGGAUGGAUCCCCAAAGCCUGGGUUCUUGGCCCCAAUGAUUCCAGUGGACAGGUGUCCAGGAGCUCCAAACCUAUAGAGGACCCAGGAGGGCUUCGGCAGAGUCCACCUAUAAUUCUGUCUUGCUGGUGUGGAUGGAUGGACAGUAGAUCCCUAUGGUUGGGUCUUAGCUGGAAGUUCUGUUUGGAGCCCAUUUCUGUGAGACCCUGUAUUUCAAAUUUGCCAGCUGAAAGGUGCCUGUACCUCUGAUUUCACCCCAGAGUUGGAGUUCUGCUCGAGGAAUGUGUGUAAUGUGUACAUCUGUAUCCAUGUGUGACCAUGUGUCUGUGAGGCAGGGAACAUGUGUUCUCUGCAUGCAUGUAUAUAGGUGCCUGGGGAGUGUGCGUGGGUCCUUGGCUCUUGGCCUUUCCCCUUGCAGGGGUUGCGCAGGUGUGAAUAAAGAGAAUAAGGAAGUUCUUGGAGAUUGUACUUAGA